UAGAAAGACGAAAGACGCAAGGAUGGAGGAAACCUCUGAAAGCCUGUCUCCCUGAUCAAACUAUCGAAGCAAAUCCCCGAGGCGACUCCGAUGCUUCGAAAGUCAUCUUCGCCGAAGAAUUUGCAGCGGAUGAGGAUCAAAGUGAGAAAAGCGUAAGGAAAGUACAUUUUGCGUAAGGAAAGUACAUUUUGCGAGCGAUUAAGAAAAGUUUGAUCGAGCAGAAGCUCGUUGAGUAAUUGAUUUCUCGGCCGAUCAGGUAAAUGCCGGUAAAAGGUCAACCCGUAGACAUUCGGGCGAGCGGCAGCGGUGACAAACGGCGCGCCUCAAUAGGAUGUUUCGAAAGAUUAAUUUCGAAAGUGGCCGAAAGAAUUUCGAGUUACGAGUUAAGGAUUGAAUGAAUCGUUUGAAAUACGUUGGAGCUCAAAGAUCGGCGAUUAAGGACGGCGCGGAUUAUUGACUUUGCGGCGCGGAGAUAUUAAGUGAUGGGAUGACACAGUGGCGUACACACAGUUGAGCAAAGAGCGCGUUCCACUCCACGAGAACAAGAAAUCGGAAAACAAGAGGAAUAAGAAGCGCGGAGGUAGCAGCUGCAUCGGACAGAGUGUAUGGCGAUGAGACCAGGAGGGUUAAUCUGAAAGGUUGGAUAGAACGAAGGGAAGGAGGGUUCCCGAAGUAGCUAUCGCGACAGUGGAAAAAGUGGACCUUCGGCCCAGCUGGAUGUAAGAAAUUGGGGUGGGCUCGAGGAUGUGUGAAGACGAAUGCGCCGAUAAGAAGAGCUGGCUAAAGAGGGAAGAGAGCAUUGAUCCUUGAACUCUGUUAUCCCAGCGAGAGAAACAGAGAAGUGUUUCCACGUGCGCGUUGAUAAAAUCGAGUGCGUCAGUUUCGGCCGAUUUUAUCAGUGAAAAACAUUGCCGAACCUCUGGAAACAAACCCCCAAGAGAAUUAUUAAGAAUAGUCUUGCGAAAUAGUAACCGAAUUUGAGAGAACCUUGAAAAAAGGAAUUAAGAUAAAUCUCUAUUCUCGCCGCACCGCAAAGAAUAUGUCUUCAAAUUAUCGCCGACCAAGAGGACGUGAUUAUGCUGAAUAAUCCUUUCGAGAAAGCUAAUUAGACACGCGAUCGAGACGAAGGAGCCAAGAUCCUGUUACAUCCUGGCUAUCCUGCAACCCGAUUGAAGGAAGUGCUGCGGGUGAGCCGGUGGGUUAACGGUGAUGGCAUGAGGACAUUAGUAAGGACGCGCUGCGGGUCCAGCGAGGAGGAGGAUGAGGAUGGUGGUGGGCGUGAUGGUCCUUGGUCAGCUACUGACGAGGAUCUUGCUCGCGGCCCACGCAGGAGAUCGCCUCGCGGCAGCUCGAAGGAUUUUAAGGGACGUACCAUUGAUAGAUGGGCACAACGACCUACCCUGGAACAUACGGAAGUUCCUGAAGAACCAGCUGAGGGAGUUCAGGUUUGAUGACCUAAGUAACAUUCAUCCCUGGUCGCGAAGCGCCUGGAGCCAUACGGAUCUCAAGAGAUUGAAGCAAGGCAUGGUUGCAGCGCAGUUCUGGUCCGCAUAUGUGCCCUGCUCAUCGCAGCAUCUCGACUCGGUGCAGCUAGCCCUGGAACAGAUCGAUCUUAUUCGCCGAUUGGUCAACAAGCACCCGGAAAAUAUGGUCCUCGUCACCACAGCGGAAGGUAUCGAGAGGGCGCACAAGGAGGGUAGAUUAGCGAGCUUGAUAGGGGUCGAGGGGGGCCACGCCGUCGGAGCGAGCCUGGCGGUCCUGAGGAUGCUGUACGAGCUGGGCGCCAGGUAUCUCACCCUCACGCACACGUGCAACACACCUUGGGCAGACUGCAGCACGGCGGACGAACCUGGUCAAGUGCCUCAAAUCGGUGGUCUCUCGAAUUUCGGCAAGAGUGUCGUGCUGGAGAUGAAUCGACUUGGGAUGAUGGUGGACCUCUCUCACGUCUCAGUGCCCACGAUGCUGGCCGCGAUGUCGACGUCGAGGGCGCCGGUGAUUUUCAGUCACAGCAGCGCUCACGCUCUUUGCAACUCCUCGCGAAAUGUGCCUGACCACGCGCUGCGACUUUUGGCGCAGACCGGUGGUAUAGUUAUGGUAUCCUUCUAUCCCCAUUUUAUCAGCUGUGGCGAAAAAUCAACCCUCGAGGAUGUAGCAGCGCACAUCAAUCACGUGCGGAAGAUCGCCGGGGUGGAUCACGUCGGCAUCGGGGCUGGAUACGACGGGAUCAAUUUGACACCGACGGGUCUGGAAGACGUCAGCAAGUACCCGGAGCUCUUCGCAGAAUUGCUAGCGCGUGGAUGGUCGGAGAAAGACAUCCAGAAGCUGGCUGGUCUGAAUCUUAUACGGGUGUUCAAGGCGGUGGAACAGAUUCGCGACAGCCUGGCCGCAGAGGGUAUGGAGCCGCUGGAGGAGGAGAUCCCGCAGGAAGACAUAAUCGGCCGCGAUUACUGCCGUUACAACAUAAAGCGCCUGAUGGCGCCUUAAGCUGCCGGGAAUACUCUCGGCGAGCGCCGCUCGCAACGUAACUCGCGAAACGAUUUAGCGUGAUCGAAGCGGAAACAGAGAGAUAGGUACAGAGAGGAAGAGAAAGAAAAAGAGAAAAGGGAG